AUGGAAGGAAGUGAUAAACCUGAUCAGCCUAUCUCAGCAGGGAGGCAAGAAAUUCGAAAGAAAAGAAAACCUAGCCAACCAAUGGUAGACAAAUCCCAACAGACUGAAGUGUCAGAGAUAAAGAAGUACUUGCCUACACCACAAUCAGGUGGCCCCAAAGCUAACCUUAAUAUUAGUAAUAUUCCUGAAAGCAAAGUCAACUAUGAGUCUCUUAGAUUAUCUUCUCAGCUUCAGCAAACUUGGACAAAGAGAAAGCGUGUGCAAGAUAAGGCUGAUAAAUCCAUGCAGACAGACUUUACUACUGAAGAGAAAAAGAAAACCAAGCCAGGUGAUGCAACAGUGGUACCUAAAGAAAAGCCAGCUGCUGUUGGAGAAGCAGCUUCUGAAUUUCCAGAGAGUGUUCAUGAAGUAGAACUUCCACCAAGCAAACACUCAAAAUUAGAAAGAUCUGAGCAAACCAGUCAUACUGGAGACACAGACAAAGAACAGAAGAGCUCAGGUGAAUCAAAAAUAGUUGGCAGGCCAAGUGGUUCUUUUUCAAAGUCAAAAGAUAUUGUGCAGCAACGUAAAUCCUCAGGGAAGAUUUUAAUUACUGAGCAUCCUGCAUUUCAACCUGCAACAAGUAGCAAUGAGGAAAUUAGGAAGAAAAGUAUCACUAGAUCUUCAUUUAGUCAACAAAUAAAAGAAGAUAGGCCAGUACUUUUAGAUGGGCAUGACUUUGCAGUUGAAGUGCAGCCUCCCAUGGUAGAAAAGAUCUCUGCUAAAAUACAAUCUCCACCAACUGAGAAGACUACUGCAGAAGACAGCCCUGGUGAAUUUAAACCUCCACCAGCUGAGGAGGCUUCUGCAGAGGCCCCUGCUAAGGUAGAGCCUAUCCCUGUUGAAAAGUCUAUUUCAGAAGAACCUCCCUCUGAAGUUCAGCCUCCGAUAGUUGAAGAGGCCCCAGGUGAAAUUGAGCCUUCCCCAGUUGAAGAAGCUCCAACAGAGGAGGCCCCUGUGGAAAUUCAGUCUUUACCAGCUGAGGAAAUCCCUGUAGAAGUCCCUGCUAAACAAGUAUCUAGUCCUGCUGAAGAGGUUCUUUUAGAAGAGCCUUCUGCUGAUGUUAAGCCUCCAUCAACUAAAGAGUCUUCUAUACAGGAGGCCACAGGAUUUCAAUCUCCACCACCUGUAGAGGCCCCUGCAGAAAAGGCUCCUGUCAAAGCUGAGUCUCCACCAGCUGAGGAGGCCCCUGCAGAAAAGGCCCCGGUGAAAGUUCAGUCUCCACCAGCAGAGAAGGCCGUGGAAGAAGAGGCUAUACUUGAACUUCAAGCUCCGCCAGCUGAGGAGGCCCCUGCAGAAGAGGCUACACCUGAACUUCAAGCUCCGCCAGCUGAGGAGGCCUCUGCAGAAGAGGCUACACCUGAACUUCAAGCUCCGCCAGCUGAGGAGGCCUCUGCAGAAGAGGCUACACUUGAACUUCAAGCUCCGCCAGCUGAGGAGGCCCCUGCAGAAGAGGCUACACCUGAACUUCAAGCUCUGCCAGCUGAGGAGGCCCCUGCAGAAGAGGUCCCAGGUGAACUUCAAGCUCUGCCAGCUGAGGAGGCCCCUGCAGAAGAGGCCCCAGGUGAACUUCAAGCUCUGCCAGCUGAGGAGGCCCCUGCAGAAGAGGCCGCAGGUGAACUUCAAGCUCCACCAGCUGAGGAGGCCUCUGCAGAAGAGGCUACACCUGAACUUCAAGCUCUGCCAGCUGAGGAGGCCCCUGCAGAAGAGGUUCCAGGUGAACUUCAAGCUCCGCCAGCUGAGGAGGCCCUUGCAGAAGAGGCUACACCUGAACUUCAAGCUCCGCCAGCUGAGGAGGCCUCUGCAGAAGAGGCCGCAGUUGAAGUUAAAGCUCUGUCAGCUGAGGAGGCCCCUGCAGAAGAGGUUCCAGGUGAACUUCAAGCUCUGCCAGCUGAGGAGGCCCCUGCAGAAGAGGCCCCAGGUGAACUUCAAGCUCCACCAGCUGAGGAGGCCCCUGCAGAAGAGGCUACACCUGAACUUCAAGCUCCGCCAGCUGAGGAGGCCUCUGCAGAAGAGGCCGCAGUUGAAGUUAAAGCUCCACCAUCUGAUGAGGCCUCUGUAGAAGAUGCUACACCUGAACUUCAAGCUCCACCACCUGAUGAGGCCUCUGUAGAAGAAGUCUCUGCUGAACUUCAGUUUCCACCAACUGAAGAAACGACUUCAGAAGUUGUCGCUGCUAACAAAAAACGUGCAUCAUCUGAAGAGACCAUUAUUACACAUAGCUCUACAAAACUCUCCGAUGAUGAAGUUCAGCCUCCAACAUCUAAAAAACCUUCUGCAGAUGAGACUCUGGUAGAGAAUGUGUCUACUGAAUAUCAACCUUCCAAGACAAUAGAUGUUCCAGAAUCUGUGAUUGUAAAAGAGAAUCCAAAUUAUGAAGGGUCUUUACCAGUGAAUACUGUUCUUGAAUAG